AUUAACUUUUGACUGAUAAUGUCAGGAUCACGUUGAAAGAAGCGCCCACCAUCCACAGAAAAGUCAGGACAAUGUUUUCUUUUUUUUCAAGAGACAUUUGGUACCACCCCUGAAGAGCUAACUGAUCUGAAAAACGGGCAUGUGCUAUGGCUGUACCUAGACCACAACAAAUCCAAAACUGCUGUUUCGCAAAUGUUAUAAACUAAAUAUAACAUCAUUGUGUCUGUAAACCACAUACAAUUAUUGAUUAAUCAAUCAAUCAACAAAUAUUGGAAGAACUUUCACAGAGAAGAAAAUGCUAAGAAGCUGACUGAUGUGUGAAGAGAGAUUUCGCCAAUUCAAACAAUGCGAAACUGAUGCUGGUGGAAGUACAUCAAGUGCAAGCCUACAGCCAGAACCACCUUCAACUCCACCGCACAACCACAACUGCCAAUAGAUAUUUCAACACCAGUUCGAGGCCCCAUACCUCAAUUACCAAUGUCAGUUGGCAUGCGGUCGCUAAAGCGACGGAGUGUUAAGUUAACACCAAGGAAAUUAGAAUUACAAAGCAGGAACGACAAACUGAGACAAAGAAACAAAGACCUAAUUGAAAGGUUGCAAAAAACUAAACCCAAAAAGACAUUUGCUAGUGCAAAACAAGUAAAAAACAAAUACUUGCAGCAAGAAAUAAAAAGACUGAAAUCAAGGUUGGAGAAAGAAAAAGAAAAAGUUAAAGGGAGAGAAAUGAGGCAGACAGUGAUUCAGAGAGAAAAAAGUCUCAGAAGACUAUUGAAUUACUAUAAAAAGAAGGCGCAAAAUGUUGCAAGCCAGGACAUGUAUGAUAAACUCCUAAAGGAAAAUGAGGAAUUAAAAAAACAGUUACAUGAAAAAGAUCAAAAGCUUUGCGAACAAGAGAACAACAUCAUGCUGUUGCAAGAAAAGUUAUCAGAGACAGCAAUGCAGGGACAGGAAACUGUUUGGGAUUGCAAACAUGGCAGUUCCUUCAAUUUUGAAACAAGAGAGCUGGUAUUCAACAUGAUAGAUUUAGGUGUACCGACAAAGAAUGUAGAAGAUCUUGUGAUAAAAUCUGGAUGUACAUUCGGAUACAGUGUGAGUAAUCCACCAAAACACAGUUCAGUAGAAAACAUGGCGAGAGAACUUGGCGCUAUAUCUGAUUAUCAAUCAGCAAAGUUCAUGCUGGAAUCUGAACAGCUGUCGCUAGGAAUCGAUGCCACCACACGGGAAGGCAUUCACGUUAAUGGCGUGUAUGUCAGUUCAAAAGAUGACAGCAAUGUCAUUGCCUUUGAUGAAUUAGCAGGUGGGACCCCUGUAGAUUAUCAAGUGCAGAUAGACGAAAGCAUUACCAAUAUGGCAAAAGUGUACUGCCAAGUACAUGAUAAAUCUCCUACUGAAGUUCAUUCUCAAUUGAUAAGUAAAAUCACAUCAACAAUGAGUGACCGUGCGGCUGUAAACCAUGCCACCAUUCAGUUACUCGAGAAAAAAUGGAAGACAAAACUGACUGAGUUGAAUUGUCACCUCCACCCUCUGGAAUCAAUCGCCUGUAGUACAGCCUUAUCAAACAUUGAAAAACAAACAGGAAACCAGCAAAAGGACCUCCACAGCAAAGCUUACAAAGCUUUUGAAUGGAAAUUUAAGCUGCAAAACCACAUGUCAAGCUAUGGAACGUUCCUACAUCAGUGA